CCCGCGUCCGUCCGCGGCCAGGCAGCGGUGGGGAUGGCGAGCCGCGGAGCCAGGGCGGUGACAAGCGCGGCGGCUCCGCCACUGGGCGAGGAGGCCUGAGGCGCGGCCUGGCUAGGUGCAUAAGGACACCGGAACCGGCGGCCCUGGCAGAGCGAGGGCCAUGGAGGCCAACGUGCCGAAGCGGAAGGAGCCCGCCAAGUCUCUCCGCAUCAAAGUCAUCUCCAUGGGCAACGCCGAAGUGGGCAAAAGCUGUAUUAUAAAGCGCUACUGUGAGAAGAGAUUUGUGUCUAAAUACCUGGCAACAAUCGGGAUUGACUAUGGAGUCACAAAGGUCCAAAUCAGAGACAGAGAAAUCAAAGUUAACAUCUUUGACAUGGCUGGACACCCCUUCUUCUAUGAGGUCCGAAAUGAAUUUUACAAGGACACGCAAGGUGUGAUACUGGUGUAUGAUGUUGGGCAGAAAGACUCGUUUGACGCCCUGGAUUCAUGGCUGGCAGAAAUGAAGCAGGAACUUGGGCCUCACGGGAACAUGGACAAUAUUGUCUUUGUUGUAUGUGCCAACAAGGUGGACUGCGCCAAACACCGCUGCAUUGACGAAAGUGAGGGGCGUCUUUGGGCCGAAAGCAAAGGGUUCCUGUACUUUGAAACAUCAGCACAAACCGGAGAGGGAAUCAAUGAGAUGUUCCAGACUUUUUACAUGUCCGUAGUUGACUUGUGUGAAAAUGGCGGGAAACGUCCUACUACAAAUAACAGUGCUAGUUUCACCAAAGAACAAGCAGACACCAUUCGCAGAAUCCGAAAUAGUAAGGACAGCUGGGACAUGCUGGGAGUCAGACCUGGGGCCUCAAGGGAGGAGGUCAAUAAGGCCUACCGGAAGCUGGCUGUGUUGCUUCACCCGGACAAGUGCGUAGCGCCUGGCAGCGAAGAUGCCUUCAAAGCAGUUGUGAAUGCCCGGACAGCCCUCCUGAAAAACAUCAAGUAGGAGGCAGAGGAAAGACAGGCAGGCUUAGCUGCAAACACUCCCAUUGAGGUGAAAUAACCAACAUGGGUUUUCCUUCACAGAUGUUCACUGUUCGUUCCCUCAUGUGCUGUCAUUUGUAAGUUAAUAAUAUGGGUGCCUGUAGCCAUGUUGUGGGCGUUUUUCAGCAAGAUAGCCUACUUUUGUGUGAGACAGCCCUGCAUCUCUUAUGCACUUCAUUUCUUAUUGCCAGACAACUUGAUGUUUGAAAUUGUAGCGUCGCUUAGGCAUUCGCUUGUCCAAGUCCAUGAAGCUUCUAGAGAGGGAGGCUGGCAGGACGCUUGGAGUCACUUGACUUCCUCCCAACAACCCACUCAUCCAUCCAUCUGCCCAUCAUCAGAGGGGAAUGAAAACAGGAACAAGAAUGACAGAAACAAGCAGACAGCACCCAGCUUUAGGAGCUUAGCAUCCUGCCAAGCAGUUUCUUGGUUAAUAUUUUAACCAUCAGCCUGGAGUUAGUAGCCAGGCAUGGUGUCAUGUGCCUAUAAUCCAGCACUCAGGAGGAUGAGGCAGGAUUUUGAGUUUGAGGCCAGUCUGGAUUACAUGGCAAGACUGUCUCAAACUAAAAUAAGCACUCCUGUAGCAGAAUGGUGAGGUAGGUUAUUCACUCCAUUCCUUCUCCAACCACCAGGGGGAGAGAUAAGCCAGUGCUAAGGGAGAAACGUAGCGGCAAGCCACACCGGCUAGGGAGCCUGACGCUCAUCCUGGAUCCUAGGUCUCUGCUCUACCCUAGAAAUAGUUGCUAGUAGCAAGCAGAAAGGAGCACAGUGCCCCAGGAAUGAGGAACCAGAGACCAGGACAGAAGCCCGUAGAGGCUGUAGAUUACUUGGGAGCAUGAUCUCAGUCACACCCACAUAGACAGAAAGGCCAGCUGAGCUCCAGCCUGUUGGGCACCAGGAAGGGCCCUGUGUAAGCCUUGUCCCUGUCCUCACUCCUCACCACAGGUGGUGGGAGGGGCAGGCAGGUACUCUUCCACAAGCAGGUCUCCUCCUCCUGCACCAGGGUUAAUCUGUUUCUCUUCUCCCACAUCUGCCAUUACCUUUCUUGAAUCCCUGGCAUUACCCUAGGCUUAGCUGACUUGAAAUAAGUAUGAUCCAUUUGGGCACAGUGGGACAUCAUAGACCUGUGUAGGGCAGAUUCUUUACAGUUUCUGCAUGGACUCCAAAUUUCUGAAGAGUAUUUUUAAUCUGCAAGUAUGGAAACUUACUUUGCAUAGAAAAGCACCUUCCUGCUGUUGUCUCUGCCUGGUACACGUGGCUAGAUGGAGCUGAUGGGGCACCAGGACUGCAUUUCUUUCAGCGCUUACGGGAGCAGGCUGAUGCUUGCUUCCUGUCAUUUCUCCUAACUUUGUUACUCAUUUAGCUGGAGCUGUGUUAACUGGAGCUUGAAGGAUAUAAAAGACUGACUUUUAAACACCUAUCCCAUUAUUGUUGCCAGAUAAUAUCUCUUACCUGAGAAGACAAGCUCUUGUCUUAUAAUCCAAGUCACUGCAGUCUUUGGGAUUUUUUCCCCUUCACCUUAGUAACCUCACUUUGUAUGGCUGUGCUCCACUGCACUAAGCUUAAAAGUGUUGUUCCUAAUGAUCUCAGAUCUAUAUAGAAACGAUAAAGAGAUCUGGCAUAUGGCACUGUGGUUUCUUCUGGCCCUCGAACUAGCUUCUGAGGUGAUUUGAACGCCAUGUCAAAGUUUUUGUGGGCCUCAAUUCUGCCUGAGGCUGACCAAAUGCCGAACACACGCUGUUAUCCAGCUGCUCUUGGAGCAGAAGGUGGGUCAUGAGGAUGAGGGAUUGUGUGUGGUGCUGUCAUGGAGUGGGGCCCAUUCUUCACCUCAUUCAGCAGCAUGGGCAGAGGAACAGAGCAGGGCACUUUAGUGUUCUUAUCAGAUCCCUUAGAGCGACUUGCUGAAAUGUAGCCUGGGCUUGAUUCUCAGAUCUUGAGAUUCUGUUUCAGACAUCGUAAUUAUUACCAUUUUGGGUGGCUGUGCACUAUUUUUUUAUGUGAUAGUAAUAAAAUGAAAAGGCUAAGCUUCGAGAUCCCAGGAUUUUUCUGACUUCCAUAAUCCAUCAGCAGAGCAUUAAGAAACAACAAAGCAUGCCUAGACAUGAAAAGUCUUUUGAAGUCUUGCUUCAAUCUGUUACUAACCUCUGCAUUCAUUUACAUUCUUGGUGCAGGUGUGUGCUUUGUCCUUUAUCCUUUUAAAAACUCUUUGCACAGUUAAGAUCUCAGGCUAUCAGCAGGAGUCGCCACUCAGUCAUUUCAGUGAAAAAUUUUUAUGAAGGACCUUGUUUCCCAAAAAAGGGAUAAAGCUUUUGAACAGCUGUCAUUAAAGAAAAGCCAUGUCUUCUUCAUCUGAGUCAUCGACAAUUGUCACUUCUUCACCUUGCUGGAACUCCCUGGCGGCGUUUCAGAGUUCCUCUUCCAGCCUUCUCAAGCACUUUCGAGCACCCCGUUCCCCUCGUCUGUGUCCUCCUUUCUGCCUCCCUGAGAGCUGCUGCUCUCCGCGUCAUCACCUCCUCCAAAGCACUGCCACUUUAUCUCUCCAUUACUGUGUCCUUGGUGUUACCAGCCUGUUAAGAGUCCUGUACAUCAUUCUUUAAGCUUGUAUUUACCUCAGGAAACUUAUUCUAGUAUGUUCUCACAUAUUGAAAUCUCAAGUGAUAAAUGCUUCUUUAUACCUGCAAAAUAGUACCUAAUUCUGUCUUAGUUGAGUGAGCCAUAGGUCAGGUGGCUAGAUGAUUGAAAGCUCACCAGAGCAAAACAAGGAGCACCUGCCAGCACUGAGUCAGGGACGAGUGGCUGUUCCACCCAGAGUGGCAGCUGUUAGCAGGAGGACGGCAGGAUUGCCGGCUGACGCUAGGAAGCAAGGAGGAGCAUAUUGCAUAUUGACAGUGCUGCCUUCCAGGUCAGCUCAGUAAGUUCUGGAAUGGCACUUCCCUCACACUGCAGCCUGUGGAGCUAAGUCCACACCAUUUAAAAAAGAAAAAAAAAGUUUUGAAGAUGAAUUUAGUUGCAAAAUCAAGCUAAGCAAUUUCCACAGCAGGUAUCAGAAGCAAGGAACUAUUGACCCUUCUCGUCCUGGUGCUGGGCACAGUUGCAGACACUGCCCGGGCCCUGCCCCUUGGACACUGGUUGCUCCGUUAACUGUCUCUGGAGAGGGUGCACGUGUCACUUGUCGUGUGGGCAGGCAGUGGCGCUGGGCAGUCUGGUAAAGGCCCUUCGUGGUAGUGGACCGUUGAGCAGUUUGGGUUAGCUCCCUGCACUGAUUGUUCCCUGCACAUUUUUUUCCCUUGACUGUGAAUGCUCUUACAAGGUAAUUUACAUAUUUGCUUUCUGUUGAAAUAACUGAAAGUGUUAAAUCUACCAGUUGUUUAUGUCUUGUAUACAGAGUGUCAUAUGUAUUUAAGUUGUGUAUUUUUAUAGAGUAAAAUCAAAUAGCAAA